UCUCGCGCACCGUACUUGGGCGCGACGCACAACACAAGCAUCAAACUGCUCCAUCACAACACAACACAGAUUUCAAUUAGCUCGGUUUGACUCAGCUUAAAACCAAUCUCAGUUUGCGUGCUGUCAUUUUACACGUCCAUACCUUCUUGACCAAGUUCGUGUCGUAGCUCUAAGUUUAAUACUUUCCGUCGUUCCGUGAGACUUUAAUUGUUUUAUUCCACAUUCCUUCCUUUUUGCUAGAUGCUAAUGCUAGCUGCUUCAUACUUUAGACGCUAACGUUAGAGACCCUCUCUGUAGGUACUGGAGACGUCUGUCAGCAUGGCCCUGUCGGAGACGGAGAAUGGGAGUCCCGCAGGUGAACGAGGUGAAGCUAUAGUUCAGACAUGUGUGUUGGGAGGCUUCAGUGAGAGCAGCGACACCAGAGCUCUCCUCUCCAGCCUGCCGGAGGUCCACGGACACCUGGAGACCAGCGAGUCCACCACACAGAGGUUCUUAGUGAUAAUGAACAGAUAUCAAGAGCAGCCUCAUCUUCUGGACCCUCACCUAGAAUGGAUGAUGAACAUUAUACUGGAGUUUGUGAGGAGUGAGAAGUCUCCCCCUUCAUUGGUUCAUUUGGGCUUUAAGUUUCUCUACAUCAUCUGUAAGGUCAGAGGCUAUAAAAUCUUCAUGCAGCUUUUUCCCCAUGAGGUGGCGGAUGUCCAGCCAGUUCUGGACCUGUUGUCCAGACAGGAUCCCAAAGACUCUGAGACUUGGGAAACUCGCUACAUGUUAUUGUUGUGGCUGUCCAUGACCUGCCUUAUACCCUUUGAUCUUUAUCGUCUGGAUGGUCAUCUGGAGUCAGACGGCGGCAAGGCCAGAGAGCCCACCAUGGACCGUAUUCUAGCUAUUGCAAAGUCUUAUCUACUCGUCAGUGACAGUCCUAGGGAUGCUGCAUCUGUCCUGGUAUCAAAGUUCAUGACACGCCCUGAUGUGAUACAAAAGCGUCUCGGAGACUUCUUGGACUGGAGCCUGACCACUAUAUCCCAGACCGAUGACCAGUCAACGAGAGACAUUAUGUUGCUGGAUGGUGCCCUGCAGUCUCUGGCGAAGCUUUUCAGACAUGGAAAAAGAGAUGACCUCCUGCAGUAUGCUCCUACAAUUAUGCAGUGUCUGGAGAAGAAGCAUCUAUCAGAGAGCAGCCAGGCCAUGCUGAGGAAGGUCGGGGUCAAACUAACCCAGAGGCUCGGCCUCACCUUCCUGAAGCCACGUUUGGCAGCAUGGAGGUACCAGAGAGGCAACCGCUCCCUAGCAGCAAACCUUUCCAUGUCCCAAUCUACUGCAGUCGCUACCGCUGCAACUCCUGAAGUGGAGACACAAGAAUUGGAGGAGGACUAUGACAUUCCCGAGGAAGUGGAGACCGUCAUUGAAUAUCUGCUGGUGGGACUGAAAGAUAAGGAAACAAUUGUGCGCUGGUCUGCAGCAAAGGGCAUUGGGAGGGUGACUGGGAGACUUCCCAAGGAACUGGCAGAUGAGGUGGUUGGAUCAGUGCUGGACUGCUUCAGCUUCCAGGAAACAGACAAUGCUUGGCAUGGAGGCUGCCUGGCGCUGGCAGAACUUGGUAGGAGAGGCCUGCUGGUUCCUUCCAGGUUGACAGAUGUUGUGCCACUCAUUGUCAAAUCCCUGACCUACGAGGAAAAGCGUGGAGCGUGCAGCGUCGGUUCCAACGUGCGUGACGCCGCCUGCUACGUGUGCUGGUCCUUCGCCAGGGCUUAUGAACCCAAAGAGCUCGAGCCUUUUGUGACUCCGAUUGCCUGCGCUUUGCUGAUCACAGCUGUGUUCGACCGAAAUGUCAACUGCCGCAGAGCUGCCUCUGCUGCCUUCCAGGAGAAUGUCGGCAGACAGGGGACAUUUCCUCAUGGUAUUGACAUCCUGACUGCAGCAGACUACUAUGCUGUAGGGAAUCUCAACAACUGCUAUCUGAACAUCAGUGUCUAUAUAGCUAGUUUCCCAGAGUACACCAAGGCCAUGAUAGAUCAUUUGAUAGCCAUGAAGAUCAACCACUGGGAUGGUGUCAUCCGAGAGCUCUCCACUAAAGCGCUCCACAACCUGACGCCUCAAGCACCUGAUUAUAUGGCAACAAUAGUUUUGCCACAGCUGUUGCCCAAGGCGGUGGGGAUUGACCUCCACAGUAGGCAUGGAGCCAUCCUGUCAUGUGCAGAGAUCACACAUGCUCUGUACAAACUGGGCCUUCAGACCAACAGGACUGUGGUGGACAUGAUUUCUUCAGAAUGUGUUGAUGCAUUAAAAAACAUUCACCAGAAGAUAAAUGACAGAAAACAGUACAGGGGUUUUGGUGGAGAGCUAAUGAGGCCAGCAAUGUGCUGCCUUAUUGAAAAGCUGUCCCUUUCCAAAAUGCCAUUUAAAGACGACCCUGUAAUCACUGGCUGGCAGGGGCUUCUUGACGACACCAUAAAGACUCUUCAUCUUGUUUCUAGUGGUGUGAAGGAUGGCAUAAUGGUUGCCAUGGUAUCGGCCUUGUCCGCCCUGUGUGAGGAGUACUACCAGGCCGAGCCGGGCCAGGCAGACUCUCAAAUGCAGGAUGUCCUGGUAUCUCAGUACCUUGUAGGGCUGAAGAGUCCGCAGAUGCUCACUCGUUCUGGAUCUGCCCUCGCCCUCGGCUGUCUGCCAAGAUUUAUGAUCCACGGCAAAGUGAAGCAGAUCCUUGAAGGCCUCCAGCAGAUGUGCACUGUCAGCCAGAGGGACGGGAGUUUUACAGAGGCGAGGAGAGAUGCAAUCAGAGCAAUUGCGCAGUGAUGUGUGUCCACGGCGGGUGUUUGCGCCCACGGCUCCCCAGACUCCGCUCUGUGCUCGGAGAAUGUCGCAGAGGUGUACGGCGCUCUGCUCAACAGCAUGAACGACUACACGACAGACAGCAGAGGGGACGUAGGCGCGUGGGUGAGAGAGGCAGCGAUGUCUAGUCUGAUGGAUGUGACUAUGCUGGUGGCCAGCAGUGCGCCAGAGAUCCUUCAGCCAGAUCUGGUGAAGUGUAUGAUAUGCUGCCUGGCCCAGCAGGCAGCAGAGAAGAUUGACCGCUACAGGGCCCAUGCUGGCAACGUCUUCCUGCGCAUCCUCCACAGCACAGAGCCUGCAGUACCUCACAUCCCCCACCGAGAGGAGCUGUUGAGCAUUUUUCCAGUUGAGACCGGAACCAGUCUGAACUGGAAUGCUCCAUCCCAAGCUUUCCAGUAUAUCACCCAGCUGGUGGGACUGCCCCAGUAUCAGUACCACACCCUGCUGGGCCUCACUGUGUCUGUGGGAGGGAUCACCGAGUCCACGGUGCUUUUUUCAUCCCAGUCGUUGUUUGACUAUCUGAGAGGGAUCCAGGAAAACAGUGCUGCUCUGACACAGUUUGGAGAUACCUUGCUGAGCAUCUUCAGAGACAAUCUCCGCAAUGACAGGGUGUCUAUUCCUUUUCUUAAGAUGCUCAACCAGAUGCUUGCUAAUAGCUGCUUCGAAAUCUUCACCACACAAGAGAAUCAUCAGUUCUGUGUGGACCUUUUGGCUAUUUGCAUCGAGGUCAGGAAGGCCAAAGAUAUUUCCAAGCUGCGCGGCUGUAUAUCUGUCUUCUGUGGGCUGAUCCAGUUCCAGGGUCAAGUGAGGAAGAAAGUUUUGACCCAGCUGCUGAUGCUACUCGGUCAUUCCUACCCUACGAUCAGAAAGGACACGGCCAGCCAGAUGUACGAGAUGCUGCUGACCUACGACGAUGUCAUAGAUCCAGAAGUGUUGGAUGACGUCAUGACCCUGCUAAGUGAUACUAAUUGGGAGCUUGACCUUGCCACAGUACGGACCCACACGAAUCAGAUUCGUGAUUGGUUGGGAAUCCCCAGGCCACAGGCAGUGACCAAGCGGACACCCGUCUAGGUUUCCUGAUCACCUCCGGCUGUGAACACCAGCUGCAAACCAUGUAGGUGGACAACACGCUGUAAGAAUUAAAGAAUGGAUCUUCUGAAGCUGCCUUGCAUCAGUCGGUCUGUCCAUCUGCCAAAAAACAACACAUGGAAUGAAUCCCAAUCUGAUAGCUUCACAUGACAAUAAAUGGACAAAACCAUCACAUCAGUUAUUUCCCCUGCUUUGUUAUUAUUACUACAAAAUUCUUGCACUCCAGAAAGUUUUUUGACAGGUGCAUGAAAUCAAAAAAUCCAGCACACUUGUACUCACUUUGUUAACCAUGUUUUUGCACUUUGAUGAAGGUCUGAACAUUAAUAGUAAAGUGAGUAAAAAUAAUGAACAGUGUGCUGUUUUUUUUUUUCUCUAUUGUGUUAUUACAACUUCCAAACCCAAAGCACAUCUGUAUAAAGCUUUCAUUGUAGUUUUCUAUGCAUAACAGCUUUCUCACAUGUCCCAUUCAGGUCACAGUCUAGUGAGACUAUAGAAAUGGUUUCAGUAGAGUUGUUUACUUGUAACCUGUACCUGGAGCAACACAGAUAGGCGAAACUGAAACUGUAGUUUGCGUAGACUCCGGGGAAAUGGUUGCCAUUUAGCCGUUUUGGCACAAACCGUGGAAUGUCACUGGGGCCCUGCUUCCCCUUGGGUCCCACGCAGACCUACUUUUUCUGCAUCGGUGGAGGUGCCAGGGACUGGAGGAGUCCCAGGCCUGAUAGCGGAGCCUCCCUGGAUGCCUGUGGAACAGAGCCUGUUGUGUCACCACUGGGCCAGGCUUUCUCAUUAGAGUCUGAUAGUGGCCACAUUGUCUCAGCCAGCUUCCCUUUCUCACUCUGACAAAGACACAAAUGUUGCAUUAUUUUGUAAUUAGAUGGUUUCUGGUUGUUUAUCCUGCAUUGCAGAAACUCCCCAGGCCAGUAAUCACUAUAUUGCUUUGCAUUUUUUCUGUAAUAUGAUUAAUUUAACUAGGCUUAUCCUUUCCCAUAGAAACUGACGUGUCUCAUAAAACUGGGUAGAAAAAUGGUUUGUUAUUUUUAUCCCAUGUGUUUGGCUUUCUGUAUUUCAGCAGCUCUCGUAAUUGUGCUGCCAAAUCAUUUGUAAUAUCUGGCGAUUAUUGCCUGGUUAUUCUUUAAAGGUUCUCUUUAUGACAUUCAGAGCAUUAACAUAGCAGCAAACACUGUUUAUGUAAAGAUAUAGUGGAGUAAUGUCUACCUGAGCAGAGAAUGAAGUCACUCUCCCUCUGUGUGUGUUGUAAUCAGAGCUUCUCUGUGCUUUGUCUGCAUGUUAGUGCAUGUGAGUCCCUGUUUGUGUCCCCCAUUGGCUAUCUCAGAGCCACCGCUCUGCACUGCGCUCAUACGGUGGUUACAGCUGAUGCGGCGUCAUCACAGAAGAGUAGCACCCACCCUUCAGUUCCCCCUCAGGUAAACACUGUUAGCUCUGUCAGCACCGUUGUUUUCACUGUUCGUUAGCUGCUAGCCACCGGCUCAACCAUCGCCAUGUUGAGAGCCAUGUGGCUAUCAAUCCCUCAAUCAUAGUUAUGCUCUGAAUUGCCGUAUAGAGCUCCUUUUAACAGUCGAUAAUCAUGAACUUAAUGCCUUUUAUUCCAAACACUGUUAAAAUGGGUCUUCACUAACUUGUGGUUUUACUUCACUUCACACUGGAUUUGUAUCCGUAUGGAAACUCUGCACCAUUCUCAUUUAUUUCUGUGGUGAUAAAUACAAUUAAAUGGUGAUUAAAUCUAAA